GUCCCUUUACUUACUUUCAAAAGCGAUAGUCCUUUGCGACUGUAUGAGCUAUCAAUUCGCCAUUAUCCAAAUUACGUUCAAGGUCGAGGUUGUGUACAUCCAUAAAAACUUUAACGAUAGCAUUUAUAAGUUGUCCUACAACAACUUAGACGCGAACUUUGGCUAGCCUGGCACCGACGUCGCUGGACAUCGAUCUACUUCAUGACAUACGAUUAUGCUUCAGUAUUCACCAUGCCGUCGAACAGUUAGCGUCAAAUUAGCUCCAAAAACACGAAACUUUUUUUUGUUCCCCAUUCUGGUGUACGUACAGUUUUUUUUUUUUUAAAUUUAAAUGCAAACUCAAUAUGAGCGCGGCAAAGAUUACAAGCAAAAAAUGGAUAAGCGAAGAAACUUUGGACGAGGAGGAACUUUUUAAGCAUUGCAGGGAAAUGGAUAUUGUUUGUUAUGCAGUCACCAAAGUUAUAUUGGACGCCAAUAAUAAAUGGAAGGAAUGUGUUGGCAAACAUUAUACACAUUCGUUAGCGAAUCGAAGCUAUAUUAUGGAAUUGGUCAGUAUACAGGUUUUAGAUCAAAUAAUACAAUAUUUAUCAAAAUUAGUUAAAUCAUUUUACAAAUUAAAUCCUAAGUUAGCUAGGCUUAAAAAGGAGAAUGACCUAUUAGUUAGCAAACACGAUCUCACAUUUGAUAUGUUGUGCAGCAGACGAUUUAUACUGCUGCAGUCGCUCCAUGAUCUAAUCAAUACUAUACUGUCAGCUUGUCUUCAUAGAGAGGACUCGAGGAAAAUGAUUGAAUCUUGUUUGAGCUUAGUGGGUAUUUAUAACAACUUGAUCGGUUUGAGCUACAAGCGGUUCAAAUCUAAAUACAAUAUUUGCAGUAACACCUACCCGAAUACUGUCAGCGAAACUAAGAACCUUACACUAACUAAACUAGUACUGGUACUAGCUAAAAGUCGCACGGAGAUAAAUUGUCAUCGUCUAAUCAAUUGUUUGGUGAUGAUGUACAAACCGGAAGAGCACGCCGAUAGUGACUCCAGUUCCAGCACUGCCAACAGUUUAGAGAUAUACCACACCCUAACCAAACACAUUACGCCGCCUACAUCAUCCGCACCUCGACGUAUGAACAUGAACAAUCGCAGACAGGCCUUCAUAGACAAUAAAAAAGCGAAAAUGAAACAAGCACAAAGCCUAGUUGAACCCAAAAACGGGCACAAAAAACUUAGUGAAGUACUGAACCCACAGAUUUCGGAUUCCGAAGUGCCGUACACUUCGCUAUUGACCAAUGAGUGUGCUUUGGAUGUUUAUAGUGGGGAAGAAAAUGUCAAUACUAUUCUACAAAGUGAAGAAAUAUACAUAGAGAUACUACUCGACACUGUGGCAAACAUAUCUCCACUACUAUUGGGACCAAAAGGUGCUAAAACACUUAAAUCAGGUAGGAUGCAAGCUACCAAAAAAGCAGCGCAGAAAGUAACAGAAUACUAUCAAAAUUUACUUUGGGGAGACGUUGGGAGCUGUCUUGAACACAUCGUGCUUUGGUGGUCUUCAUUCCCAUUAGCUACAAGGUCGCCCAACACAAGCCAAAAUCUUCGUGAAUGGUUAUUUUCUACUUUCAACGAUAAUAAUACUCCAGAUUUAGUGCUAUCAUCAUUGAGAAUAUUAGCCGAUGCAUUAGGGUGUCACGUUACUACAACUUCCUGGGACAAGCAUUUUGGAGCAACUUUAACCACAAACCUAAAACCGACAUCUUUAAAGGAUUACUCAAACCUGUCUGUCGUCAUUACCGAAGCUACAGAAUCCGGAGCCAACUUCUCAGUAAUGCUGCAAGAGCUGGUGACGCUAAACAACCACUGCGAAGUAACAUGGGACUACAUUCUAGGAGCACCAUUGGAAGAUUUGCCUAUUGUGGAGCAAAUACCAAUUUUACAUCGAUUAGAUCAUUCGAUCCAUACGUAUCGCCUGUGGUGCCUCGCGGAGAGCCGUCGGUUAGCCAAUCUGUGGGAUAUGGACAACUUCUUCCGAGUUACGCAUAACGACAUGCAAGUAUGUCUGGAGCAACUUGUCAACUUGCGGUUCGCUGACCACAAUGAAACCUUGGAAUCUGGUAAAAUUGGUGUGCACGAAAACGUCUGCGCUAAAAUGAGAGAAAAGUUAGUGUCUGAAGUUAAAGUCAACAUUCAGAAAUUGAAGGAGGCUACAGAUGAAAUAACAACAGUGUUGUCGUCAGUGUGCGCCACAAUAAGUCUGGCGCACCUCACUAUGAUAUUCCCAAACAACGCCGAGUGGCGGAGAGUGACUCAGCCGCUGGACCCGACAUUCUCCUUCUAUGUACAUGAGUUCCUAGACAAGAUGUUACUGCCAGUAAUCAAAGCGACGUCGGACACGACGCCGCUGAACAUGGUGCUGCGGAUUAUGUGCGAGUCGUGGCUGCACCACAUUUACGUAGCCAAAGUUAAAUUCACAAAGGACGCUGCGUUACAGUUGUUGGCGGACUUCAACGAGGUCCGCAUAUGGUUGAACAACUGCAAACAUCUCGCUGCCACUUCGAAGAAACACAUGUUGCAGAACGAAGUGUUAAGACGGUGCGAAGGCGUGGGUCGACUCCUGCUGCACGCGCCAGGCGACCUCAUCUCUAUGCAGGAGUCCACCAUGCAGUCGGCUAGGAUUAGGAAAGAUGAAAGCGACACUCCAGCAGAGCAGCUGAUGCCAGCGGAGAUGUACGUGCCGAACCAGAAGCAAUGGCUGACUCUGCGCGCGGGCAAACUCAAAGGACCCGUCGCCUUCACACUUUGUUGCUUAGUUUUGUAUUAAUGUUAUCGAAAUUAACAUAUGUUUAAAUAAAAAUCU